AUGGAAUCUCGUCUAGAAGAAGUUACAAGACGUCUGAAAGAAACUGAAAAGUCAUUAGCAGAUAUUUACCAACAAGAAAAACAAAUAAAAACUGACAACAAUUGGAAAUCGACAUUUUGGAGUUCAUCAGUUUAUGAUUUUUGUCCCCAGGCUGACAACAAAGUUGGUCAACUGCAGCGAGACAGGACGGGAACAGAUCCUUCAACCAAACAAGUGAAGUCUUUCUUUGAUGUGGACUCAAAUGUCAAAUAUGAACAGAACACUCCUUCAGGGUCAGAGCUGAACUUUGAGUCAGAUAAACUAAUAUCAAGCACUCCAAAGAAUAAUGAGGAAAAAAUGGAUUGGAAAAUGAAGGAAAAGAUCUUAAAAGAAAGGAUCUUAGAUUUGCAGUCAGAACUCAAGAACCAGGACCAAAUACUGAGGGAAGCUGAGGAAAGGUUUGAACGAGCUCAGCAAGAGACAGCAAAUGCUUUCCAAGAAAAAGAAUGUUUGAAAGAACUUGUUGCAGAUCUUACUUCUGAACUAACGGAAAUGAAGCAGUUACGGAAAAGAGAGAAAGAAGAUAUUCGCAAACAGUUUGAUGAAUAUCAGCUAAGCAGUAAAGAAAAAAAUCAACUGAUUGAAGCUAAGAUGCUUGCUACUGAUGCUGAAAGACAUGAAUUACUACAAAACAUAAGUUCCUUGCAAGCAAAAUUGAAUAAAGUGUCUGAUGAGGCCACCUGGUUUCAUGUUGAAAACUCUCAAAUAUUAGAAGAACGAAAUCGUCUAGAAGAAGAAAACACUAUUUUGAAAACCAAAUUGGCAUCUGCGAAAAAGUCAGUUGUUUUCAAUGAAGUAGCUUCUGAAAUGGAAAACCUUGAACAAGAAAAUCUGCAACUUCAUUGCCAAUUGGAAAAACAAACUCAGCAAUUAAAACAAUUUGAAAUUGAGAGAGAAGAUAUCAAAACUGCUUUUGUACAAUAUUUACAUCUUCUGGAAAAUGGAGGUCACCAAGACGAUGUACCACAUGCAAGUAAAAACAUAUCCCUUGAUAGUGGCAAUCUUAGUUGGAAGAAUGAAAACAAGGGGCAUGCAUCUAAAUUUACUUUGGUGUCAGACUUUGAAACACUCAUGAAAAUUUCCAUUCCUAAUGCUUGUUAUUCACUACUUGCAGACUUUCGAGAAAAAUUUGUCUCGAAAGAUUCUUUGAUUCAAAAAAUGAAAGGCACCAUUGAAUCUUUGGAAGAAGAAUUACACCAAAGAGAAGAAAUGCAAAGUCUGCAAGAUGAAUUGCAGCAAAUGACAAAAAGAUGCCUCAGUAAUGAACAAAAAGUGAAAGAUCUGAUGACAAACAAUGAAUUCCUCAAACAGCAGACAAGCAACUUCCAAGCAAAUAUUGAAACACUGAAGUUUCAGUUGGCUGAAAGUGAGGCAAAGACAGAAAAGUUGGAUUUUUGCAUUGGACAACGUAAUACACACUUGAUAGAACUACAGGAGGAAAUUAACAAGAAAUGCUCAGAAGUUUGCCAACUUGAACGAAAGCUACGUAAUAAGUCUUGUGAGGUGACAAGCCUUGAACAACAACUUGAAGAGAAAGUGGUAGACUUUAGCAGUCAUUUAACCAAGUACAAAGGAAUUGAAGAACAAAUCAAGGCAUAUGAAGUCCAACUUGAUCAGUCUACAAUUGAAUGCAACAGACUCAAGCUAUCAAUGGAGAAAAUGACAAAAGAUAAAGAGAAACUCAUCCAAUUUCAUUCAGAGAAGCUUCAAGAUCGGAAGAAACAAAUUGAAAGUCUUCAAGAAAAUUCUUUGAAUCAAAGAGAGUUGAACAGCGACUUAUCUAAAGAAAUAGAUGCUUUGUCACAAGAAGUCAGUACAAAAACAGAAAAACUCAAAGACAUGGAAUUGGAGUUAAAUCAAAUUUUGCAGAAAUUGUCCCAAAAGACAGAGGAACUAGAUGAUGUGAAAUUACAGUUAAAUUUCCAGACUUCAGAAAGCAAGAGUCGUAUAAAUCAAAUGGAGACAUCUAUAGAUUAUUUAAAGGCAGAGAUUAGUCGCAAUGUGAAGGAUAUGAAAGAGAACAAGAAGUUAUACUCAGAUCAAAUUGCUCAGUAUGGAGAAAAGGAGAAAUCUCUACUUGGCCAGUUGAAAGUGUUGAAGCAGGCUUUCAAAGACAAGGAACAAGAAUGUAUUGGUCUUCAGCAAACACUACAGCAGAAUGAACUUAUGCUUGAUCAGAGCAACAAACACAUUUCUCAUCUGGAAGACAGUCAAGCCAACACCCAGAAAGAAAUGUCAAAACUGGAACAGCAUCUUUUAGUUGAGCGCAGCCAACAAAUGGAACUUGUCCAAUCACUGAAACAAAAAUCUGACCAUUUCCAGAAAAUAGCAGAACAAGGAGAAAUGCAAAUCAAAGAACUUACUGAAACCAUUCAUGAAUUACAAGCUUCAAAAAUGUCUGUUGCUAAACAAUUGGCUGAAAUUAAUAGCAGACUACAGCAAGAGCAAGAAGAAGGACUCCGUAAAACUGCCAGCCUUGGCUUUAUGAAGGAACAAUACCAACAAAGUAAUGAAGAACUACAGCAUCACAAGAACGCAGUGUGUGAAUUAGAACAUCAUGUGAAAGUUCAAAGUGAAGAAAUCAAUACAUUCAGCAAGGAAAACAGAGAGUUAAAUAAGUCUGUUGCAUUCCUCAAGGUAAAAGUUGAUGAACAGAAAGUGUUGAAAGAAAAAUUAGAACAUCACAUUUCUGAUUUGGACCAAAGUUUAAAAGCCAAAGAAGAAAUCUGUAAAGAUUUAGGAGAAGCCAUUAAAAAAUUACAAAAUGAAAUUUCCACAAAAAAUGAUAACAUUGAGGAUUUGCAGAAUAACUUAGAAGAGCAACGAGGUGAGCUUGACAACAGAACUACUAAAGUUUCACAGCUAGUUACUACAAUGUCUGAAUACCAAAAAGAAAUGGAAGGUCGUGUGACUGAUUUGGAAAAUCGUUUAAAAAGUGCAGAAAAUGAUAUCAAAGAAAGAACGGAACAGAUUUGGAACUACAAGGAACAAUAUGAAACAACAUUUGUUGAACUUCAAGACAAAUCCAAUCUCUUGGAACAUGCAGACCAAACUUGCCAUAAAUUGCAGUUGGAACUGACAGAAAAAAAGGCUUCACUGCAGAAUUUAACGAAGACAGUCCAGAAUAUGAAAGAAAGGGAAAAAGAAUCACAAAGAAACAAAACAGAAAUCACACAAGAAUUACGACUGACCAGAGAACGUCUUCAAAGUCAGACAAAUGAUUUUAUUUUAGCUCGUCAUCAACUUGAGCAGUUAAGACAUGAACAUGACAAAUUGGUACAACAACUUGACAACAUGGCUACAACAACAAAUACAAAAGAGAUGAAUAUUGCUCAGUUGGUGGAAGAGAUCAAUGCUUUACGUGUUGAAAAAGUUCAAAGUGAAACAAAAAUGUCUGCUGAAAUAAAACAACUUCAGCAAGAAGUGAAAAUGGAGCAACAGGCUCAUGCAAUGGAGCUGGAACGUUUGAAAGAAACGCAGGGUUUGUUGCAAGCAAGUAAAGAUGAACUAUCUGAAUUGCUUAACCAGACAAAUCAACAAAAACUAAAGAAUGGCAGCAAGCAUGAACAAGAGAUGAAUUCAGUGAAAGCUUCAUUGCACUUGUUACAAGAAGAAUUGAAAAUCCAGAAAGAAAAUGUGGCUUCUCUUAAUGAAACUCUUGUUUUGAAGGAUGUUGCUUUGUCCAAAUUACAGUCUGAUUUGAAAAGUUAUGAAAAGAAAUUUCUGAACAUGAAAAUUUUACAGCUGGAACAAAAUGCAGUCACACAACCCAAAAGUGUUUCUUUCUCGACCGUUGAUGCUGUUUUAAACCUAGACAGACCUUGCACAGUUGAGUCAUCAAAGACAAAAGAAAGCUCAAAUCUGCUUGAAAUGAUCUGCAAAGAAAAACCAGAAAAUGAACUUCACUCAGACACUGAAUCUCUUGUGGCCAAUUCACAAAAGAAAGCAGGCAAUCAAGUUCCAUUUGAUAAAUCUUUUCACAAUGUGAAGCUUGAUACAACAACACCAGCAUUUGAAAAAAUCAGAAAAAUGUUGGUUGGCCUUACUGCUAGUUUGCCUCUACAUGAAGACAGCAUUGGUACACUGUCAUCUUCCUUGGAGACUUCACCAGACAUGAAUCCAGCUCUGUCUUUGGAACCAUCAUCAUUUGAUCAUAAGAAUCCUGAAAGUGUUCCACAAGAGAAAAUAUCUAAUGAUGCUGGAAAAACUUGUGUUCCAAUUAUAAGUACAAAACCAGAUACAUUUCUAGAUAAGCCUCUUAAAUCAGAUCUUAUCCCAACAUUUAAAUUGCAUGAUCAACAGUUGGCAUCAAUGAAAUCACCAAGUGAUGUUCCAGAGGAAAGAAAAGCAUACAUGCUCCAUUUGCAACAACGUAUAAGUGCAAAUGAACAAUUGCAAGAAGAAAUAGACAUCCAACUGCAGAAAUUGCAGCAAAUUGAGAAAACCGGAAGCAAAAAGCCCAAGACAUUUACUUGA